CAGACCGGGCAGCGCUGCGAAGGCUUUGUGAAGUCUGGAAAGCCAUUUUGGAAUUCUGUACUGGCGAUUGAGAAUAAUAUUGAUAUGUGAUAAAUUUUGAACUCUUCAGAAAACCAGAUCGGGAGGGCUCGGUAGCCGGGACCUAAUCCGUGGUUCAGAAAACACGUUGCAGAGAGCAGUUGGUAGUACACCGUGGCUUCAUGAGGUUUCCCCGUCUGCAUUACACAUUCAGAAGCCCUAGACAGAUGGACUGUGAUACUGCUGCAUGGUAUGAUCUAAAGGCAUGACCAUGGAUUUUUCUCGACUGCAUACAUACACGCCUCCACAGUGUAUACCAGAGAACACUGGCUACACCUAUUCGCUCAGUUUGAGCUAUUCCUCUACUGCUUUAGAUUUUGAGAACAAACAGAAAUUGCACCCAGUCUUUGAGUCUCCGAAAAUGUCGCGUCGUAGUUUGCGUCUCACGACUGGACAUUACUCGGAUGACAGCUUCUUGGACACCAGUAACAGCAGCAUGUCCCACAGUGGGAAAUAUAAAGAAUCCAGAAGCCUAAAACAGCAAAGAAGUGCAAGCAAGCAGUCUGCACUGCCUUCUCAGCCCCCUGCCAGGAAAGCCCUGUCUCAUAGUCUAUUAACACAGAGCAGCUUUUACAGCUGUGCCAGUGACACGUCCCUGAUGUCCACCAUGCUGGAAGACUCCUCUAUACAGGAGAGGACGCUAAUGGGUAGCUUUUGGGGUCUGGAUGAGGAGGGUGAUCUCAAAGGUGCAGACGCAACCGUGAUAAUGGCAAACGGUGACAUCGCUACGGCUGAGACGCAGACCAGCGUGAUCAAUGGUUAUACCUGCAAUGAGAGCACAGUGCUGUCUGACAGGAAGGGUGCCCUGACCGUGUAUUCUCCCAGCCACACAGCCUCUUCAACAACUGUGUACAGCAGGGACAAGGGCAAGAAGUCAAGUAUCUUCCGUUUAUUCAGAGAACAAUUUCUGAGUAAAAGCAAGCAUGCUGCAGCAUCCAUAGCGUCGUUGAUAGUGCAGCUUAUCCAAAAUGUUCUGUUGAAGAUUGGGUAUGAAGCAAAAGCUCACUCAAGUUUUUGUGGAAGUAUCAAUGUCAAAGACUUGAUGACGAGCGAGGAACAUCUCGGUUUAAAUGGGCCAUUGUGUGAUGACUGUAAGGGGAAGAAGCACCUUCAAACUCAGAAGGUCCGUCUGCAGACUUCAAGAUUUAAGUGUUCCACACAGACGCUAUGGCACAUCCUUUCUUACACAGGCUACUAUGUUCUCCGGGCAGUUCAGACUGUUGCUUCUGCAGGCUGGCUUGUGAUCAGGAAGCUGUUGUCUGUUCUGUGGUUGGCCAUUGUAUCUCCAGGGAAGGCAGUGUCUGGGGCCGUGUGGUGGCUGGGGACUGGAUGGUACCAGCUUGUUACAUUGAUGUCCCUCCUCAAUGUGUUUGUCCUGACAAGGUGCCUUCCGAAACUAUACAAGUUCUUGGUGCUGUUGAUUCCCUUCUUACUGUUGCUUGGUUUGUGGUACUUUGGCCCAGCCAGCUGGUUGUCUUUGCUGCCAGUGUUAAGCAGGUCUGAGAUGCAGGCUUCAGGGGAAGACACAACGUCCUCCACACCAGUGGAGGAGCCUGUAGCCACUGGCAAUGUGCAACCAAGUACAGAGUCUCCUCACCAUGCUUCACAGAGUGGGGUGCACUUGUUUGAUUCUGACCGCAUGGUUAAUUUGGAGAAGCAGCUGGCUUUGCUGUCUGACAGGUGUGACAGAAGCAGCCAGCAGUAUGACGAGAAGCACGGUCAAUUCGUGGAGCUGUUUCACCAACUCCAAGAACGGGUCAAUAAUCUCUUCAACCUACACAUGAGCAGUCUGGAAGAAGAGCUGCGACGAGAAGGGACAGGUCAGCCACAGAAUGAGUUUUUGAUGUUGAACGAGGGCCAUGAAUCACGCAUCACUGAACUGGAAAAACUCCUUCAUAUAAUUGCUGCCAAAACAGAGGAGCAGAAACAACAAUACACCAAAGCCACCACUGUUGGUGGACAGAGUGAAGAGCAAAGCUCCCUGCUGUCUGAGGUGAAGCGCUUGGAGCUGGAGCUGAGUCACAUCAAGGCAGAUCUGCUCCAAGUGCAGAGCUCACCACCUGGCUGUAUAAGAAUGGAUUGCCUUAGAGAGAUGGUUGAUACGCAGGUUAAGGAAUCUGUUAAACUGCUGAUUUUUGGCAAUAAAGAUGAAGAGAUGUCAGAGUCUCUCCUGCAGUGGCUGUCAAAGCAGUUUGUGAGGCAAAGCGACAUCCAGGGAUUUCUGAUGGAGAUGGAGAUGAAGAUAUUGAAGAAUAUCACCAUGUAUAUGAGUCAGACGAAACAAAUGCCAACAGCUCAAGUUGUGACACAUGCUGUUCAUAAUGCAGGGGCUUCUGGAAUGAGUGAGGAGCAAGUGCGUGUGAUUGUGACAAAUGCAUUGAGGCUCUACUCUCAAGACAAGACCGGCUUGGUGGAUUAUGCCUUGGAAUCUGGAGGCGGUAGCAUCUUGAGCACUCGCUGCUCCGAAACCUACGAAACCAAGACUGCCCUGAUGAGCCUUUUUGGAAUCCCACUUUGGUAUUUCUCCCAAUCUCCCAGAGUGGUAAUACAGCCUGAUGUUCACCCUGGAAACUGUUGGGCUUUUAAAGGAUCCCAAGGUUACCUGGUGAUCCGCCUCUCUGUCUCUGUCAACCCCACCUCAUUCUCCUUGGAGCACAUCCCCAAGUCACUGUCUCCCACUGGCAGCAUCAACAGCGCAGCCAAGGAUUUCACUGUCUAUGGGUUAGAAGAUGAGUACCAGGAGGAAGGGAAGCUUCUGGGACGGUACACAUACAAUGAAGACGGAGAUUCACUUCAGACUUUUCCCAUUCAAGAAGAAAAUGACAAAGCUUAUCAGAUAAUAGAAAUGAGAGUGCUUUCCAACUGGGGACACCCUGAGUACACCUGCCUCUAUCGCUUCAGAGUACAUGGGGAGCCUCGUCUAGAAUAAACUGCCCAGGACUUCCUCUUUUUGUAUAUUUGUUUUCUGUAUAUAUUGGAAGAACAGAGAUUUAUAUUUGGGGGGGGGGGGGGGGGGACACAGACUGCAGAAGAAAUGUUUUAUAUGCAAGAAUAUGAACCAGCUUUUGUAGAAGUGUAAAAAGGAAAAAAUGGCUAAAUUUGCUAUAUGAAACUAUGUUAACUCCUAUCAUGGUCCAUGUUACUGGCACUUAAUUCUCCACUGAAAGGUGCAUGCCACUCAGUCUGCUAAGGUUAAAGUAGUGGUAGGGGGGGUAGUGGUGCAAAUGACUACAGUGUUUAAAGCCCCUCCAAUCCCCAUAGCUCAUCCCUCUACCACUUUUCAUGAGGGAUACACUUAACCACUACCCAGUUUCAAGCUCAGUACCUGUGUGCACUGCUUAUGUGUCUCUGGUUUUUAGUUAUCUCUGUGUGGGAGCUGGGCAUUCUAUUUCCAGAGAAAUGUAACAUUUAAAUAAGGUUUAUGUUAGAAAUGGUUGCAUAUACCAAGACCUGCACUAGUAGAGAAAUGCUAAAUAUGUACUUCUGCCAGAAAGUGGCUGAGAGGACGUUGAGGAGACCAUGAUACUCCGCCCCCAAAUACUUAUUGUUAAUACUAAUGAUCACUUGAACCAUCUCUUCUAAUGCAUACAGUUUUACUUGUGAUAUCUCUAACUCUAUUGGCACUACAGCUGUGGUUCACUAGUUUUUAUUAUAAGCUGGUGGCCUGUAUAGAGAUUUGUCACAGUAAAAGGCUCAGGAAGAUGAACGCAGGCUGCCAUUGUACUGUGAUUUAUAGUUGUAGUUUUCCAGUAAAGGCCAGAUUUGUAACUUUUUUUUUUUUGUAUAUUCCAUUAAGAGAUUUGUCUUUUUUUAAGUGUGCUGGUCAGAAGGUAC